UCGGCUUGCAGAACGUCUGUGCAGGACGAUCAAACAUUGGAGCCCAAACUAAUUCUGACUGACUGAAGGACAUUACAGUGGAUGUUUUGAGUGUGCGUGUUUUUAAGCAGAAUGAAGAUGUGGACAAUCAGCCUUCAGACUGUAACGGUCUGUGUUUUCCUGCUGAUGGCAGGUCGAGUCCAUGGUCGAGUCCGAGGCCGAGCGUGCGUGAUUCAAGGCCAGGUCGCUCACUGUGACAUGAUGACCCUCAAAGCGAUUCCUCCUCUUCCCCCUGACAUCACCCACUUGUAUUUGGGGGUGAACCGUUUCCGUGAGAUCAAUGCCACCACGCUGUCUGGCCUGGAGCAGCUCCAGGAGCUGGACCUCGGACACCAGCUGGUGCCUCUUGUGAUCAGGAACAACGCUUUCAGCAAACAGAAACAUCUGAGGAAGCUGGAUCUUGGCUUCAACUCCCAUCUUCAGCUAGAACCACUGGCCUUUGCUGGACUCUCCAGUUUGCAGAAUCUUCAGCUGUAUCACUCUUCUCUCAACGACUCCAUUCUGGCAGACAAAUAUCUGGAUCCGCUUUCAUCUUUGCAGACCCUGAACCUCUAUGGUAACAAGAUAAAACGACUCCAGCCAUCAACGUUUUUUGCAAACAUGACUAAUCUGACUCACUUGAACCUCCAGCUGAACCAAAUUGACCAAAUUUGUGAGCCUGAUCUGGUCGGUUUUAAGGGGAAACACUUUACAGACUUCAACCUGCAAUCUGUUAAUCUCAGAGACAUGCUACGUAGCGAAUUUGACUGGCAGAAGUGUGGAAAUCCUUUCCGAGGAAUAUCGUUUGAGACCCUUGAUUUGUCCCUCAAUGGGCUCGGCUUGCAUCAGUUGAAGAUGUUUUUCAAAGCCAUCGAAGGAACAAAGAUAUCUCAUCUAAAACUCUCGGGGCACGUGGGGAAAGGGUUUUCAUUCAGUAAUCUCCCUGAUCCGGACAGCACCACAUUUGAAGGCUUGAGGAACAGCUCGGUCCUCUCUUUGGAUUUAUCUCGGAACAACAUAUUUGCGUUGCAUCCUGGGGUUUUUAGUCCGCUGACAGAAAUCACAGCUAUUAAUCUUUCUCACAACCCAGUUAAUCACAUACACAAGAAAGCCUUUCAAGGCCUAGAGGGUAGUUUAAAAAUGCUCAACCUGUCCCACAACCUCCUCGGGGAAAUCCAUGCCUACACCUUUGAUUCUCUGACAAACCUGCAGGUUUUGGAUUUGAGUCACAACCACAUCGGCAUUUUGGCUUUUGGUGCAUUCCACGGACUCCCCAACCUGAAAUCCUUACAUCUGACAGACAACUCUCUGCAACAUUUGCAUCGUCCUGCAACUCUGCCGAGUUUGGAUCGCCUCAUGUUGAAUGGCAACAAGCUGGAGGGCUACUCUGUGAAUAUUGUUGGUCAGUUUGCUCCCAACGUGGCCUUCCUGAGCCUCCAGAACAACAGAUUAACUAAUCUUGGGAUUGUGGACACGCUUAUAAAGGAUCUGAAAAACCUCCAGUUUCUUUCCUAUGGAGGUAACUCAGCUACGUGUAGUUGGCUCAGCAGUGGUGUUGCUCCAAAUACCGUCAAAGAUCUGGAUCUUCACAGCAUCUUUCUGCAGUCGGUUUGGGGUCAGAAGAAAUGUCUAAAUCUGUUUGACAGAUUUGGGAACGUGACCAGUCUUAACUUGAGCUCCAAUGGGCUCCAGUCUCUCCCCCAAGGUGUCUUUAAGGGCCUUGUCUCGGUGGAGAGGAUGGACCUCUCAUCCAACGCCUUGACGUACAUUGAGUCUGAUGUUUUACCUGUCAGUCUGAAACUCCUCAACCUGUCCAACAACUUCAUAGCCUCCCCAAAUCCCGCUGCGUUCAGCUCUCUCAGCUUCUUGGACCUCUCCCUGAACAGAUUCCGCUGUGACGCUGAUCUGAUUAGCUUCCUGACUUGGAUGGAGAACACCAACGUGACGUUCUUGAGUCCUGUGUCUAAGUUCAGGUGUGAGUUUCCUCGUGGAUUGCAUAAUGAGGUGCUGGUAAAUUACUCAGUGCAGGUGAAAAAGCAGUUGAAAUUAAAUAAAAGUGGGAGAAAUUAUAUUAAUUCUCAAAUUACUGGAGAUCCUUCCUGCCAACAGCCAUUGUAAUAUACAAUAACUCUUUGACGACUUGAUUAUUAUUAUUAUUCUGAGCUACUAUAGCAAUCAAUUUCCUUCUGGGAUUAAUAAAGUAUUUUUGAAUUGAAUUGAAUUAAAUCUGAGAAAAUGAGGUGUGGAAGAAAACUUUAAUUUUUAUUCUCAGAACUUUUAUUAAAUCACUAAAUAUAAAUUAAUAAUGCAUUUUAUGAUAUAAAAUGUGUUUUCAUUUAUCUUAAAGUCUUUCUUUUACAAAUAGAUUGACAUAAAACUAUUAUUAUUAUUUAAUGUUUUAUAUUGUUUCUUGUGAGCAAUAAAAAAUUAUUAAACAA